CUCCAGACCAUCUCUGUUUCUGUAUCAGUCCUAACACUGAGCUGCAUUGCUCAGGACCGUUGGUAUGCUAUCUGCCACCCUCUGAUGUUCAAGAGCACAGCCAAGAGGGCUCGCAAGAGUAUUGUUGUCAUCUGGGUUGUGUCGUGCAUCAUCAUGAUCCCUCAGGCUAUAGUGAUGGAGUGCAGCAGCCUUCUGCCAGAACUAACAAACAAGACCAGCCUGUUCACAGUGUGUGAUGAACAUUGGGGAGCUGAGGUCUACCCAAAGGUCUACCACACCUGUUUCUUCAUCGUCACAUACUUUGCACCCUUAUGUCUUAUGGUCUUGGCAUACAUCCAGAUAUGUCAUAAGCUGUGGUGUCCACAGAUUCCUGGGAGCACAUCAGUGCUUCAGAAGAAGUGGAGAUCCAUCCAGUGCUCAGCUUCGGCUCCGGCAUCUGGAGAGCCCAUGAGAGUGAGGACGAGCACGGUUUGUGCUGAGAUCAAACAGGUGCGAGCCCGACGGAAGACGGCUCGCAUGCUGAUUGUGGUGCUCUUUGUUUUCGCCCUGUGCUACCUGCCAAUCAGCGUGCUGAAUGUCAUGAAAAGAGUCUUUGGGACUUUCAAAAAAACAAACGACAGAGAGACCGUGUACGCAUGGUUCACUUUCUCCCAUUGGCUCAUAUAUGCUAACAGUGCAGCAAAUCCCAUCAUCUACAAUUUCCUCAGCGGGAAGUUCCGCGGGGAGUUCAAGGCUGCUUUUUCGUGCAAGGGUCAAAAUCGAGCGCAGAGGACGAGGCCCGUAGCGAGCACAGACAGCCGGAAGUCACUGUCAACGCAAGUCAACAACAUGGACAAUGUGUCACGCAUAUCAGAUCAGAUAGUGUAG